UUACGCGUAUACACAAAAAUGUAAGAGAAUGAAAGAAAGGAAGAUAGCAAUCGAUCUAGCUCUUAUUGGGAAAACCGGCGUUGGUAAAAGUGCGUCUGGGAACUCCAUUCUAGGGAGGAAAAAUAUUUUUGAAACAAGCGACAAUUGUUCAACCUGCACAACUUGGACACUUCCUAAAUCCGGAGAGCGAGGGAAAUGGAGAGUCAAAGUAGUCGAUACCCCAGGCUUUAACGAUACAGAUCCGAAUCAAGAACUCGAUACCUUUUCACGACAGCUGCCUAAUAUCAUGGUCACAAGUCCAUUAGGGUUCCACGCCCUUCUUUUUGUUAUCGCCUACGGCUGUAGAUUUACAGCAGAGGAUAGGGAAACCGUGAGGAAACUAAAAAUGUGUUUUGGUGAAAACUUUAUGAAAGAUCACUGCAUUAUCAUUAUGACCCAUGGCGACAAGUUUGAAGAAAAUCAACGAAAUUCAAAAGAGCCGUUAACAUUUGAAAUGUGGCGGGAACGACAAAAACGAGAAGUGCAACAUCUCUUUCAUGAAUGUGGAAAUCGAGUUGUUUUGUUCUACAAUACAGAAGGCGAGUAUACCGAGAAAAGAGAAGCAGCAGUGAAUGAAGUUCUAGAAAUGGCUUUUCAAUUGAGCAAAAACAAGCGCUACUGCAACGCAGAUUUUAAAAAAUGUCAAGUCGAAAGAAAAAAAAUAAUUGCUGACCUGCGUUUAUCUCAAGUUACAUAUGAAUUCGAGCGCAAUGUCGAACGAUUGCAGUCAGAUUUGAAGGAUUUCAUUCAUUCUGAAAGGAUGACUUGGGGAGAUUUACGACUUCUGAAGAAGAGGUGCAACAAGCUACUAAGAGGGAUACGUAAGCACACAGACAAAAGUUUACAACUUCAACGAAUGGAGGAAAAAAUAUUACAAUUAAAAAAAGAGCUCAGAAAAAUUAAAAUCAAACAUCCUUUUGUGGAAAAGCUUAGAGAGAUCAUAGAUAUGGUCCAAGGUUUUUGUCUGGCUGUUUUUAAAGUAUAUGCUUCCAUGCUUUUGAUAACUAUUAAAAAUCUACCCUGCUAUCAAUAUCAAAGUGAUUAUCAGACGGAGUCGUAAUCUGCAUAUGUGGCAUUACAAACCCGACACAUAGAUCGCUAAAUUAUGUAUUGAAUACCUUAACUAAGAAUUUGAUAAGUGACCUAAUCUUCUCUUUUUAGUCAUUUAAAUUGUGGUGCAUUGUUAGAUAUUAAAAGAAAUGCAUGUUUUCUUCUUUUUAUAGCACAGUCAUAUGAAAGCUUGUAAUUAAAACAUUUUGAUUAGGUCUUUCCCUUUUAUUUAUGAUGCUGUGAACUUUAAUUUGAGUAGUAAGGAUAGGUGGCGGUGAUUAU